AUGGCAAACCGCUGGCACUUCCUGGCAGAUCAGUUUGGAGCAAGACAUGAAUCUGCCAUCAAGGUUGGCCUAGCUCAUCAGCUCGCUCUCGAUGGCAAAAUCGACAGCAGGAUUCCUAUGCGCCAGAUCAUCACGGCUCUCAACUUGCCCGAUCAUAAGGUUCCUCACUGGCAUCGGUCUGCGACACGGGGCAGCGCACUGGUAGUUCAGUCGGCAAGUGCCCUUGGAAAACUUUACACCAAUCUGAACAUCGAGAAGCUACAUGACACGUACCGUGAGAAACAUGGUAAUUCCUGCUUGUACGAGGCCAUCCGGAAGCCGCGCGCGGUCAAUUUCGACUCUUUCCAAAUCAAAGUCUCCUUUGACGAUGUACGGGUCUUCAUGCCCGAGGCACAACGGAUUCUUCGAGCAUUCCGCGAGAAGAGACAGGAAUGCCGCAUCACGAAAAAGUGGGAUGAGCUUGACAUCCUUUUCCAGUCACAGCUUCAUGGCUGCAGCAAUCCUCCACUUCUGGCAGCCGCCGUAUAUCGUCAGCAGUGUGACGACUUCCUGAAGAGUGCGGCCGACAAGAACUUGAAAGAUUUCCUUUCGGCAGCUCCGUCUGACUCUGGGUAG